GUGAGAUGCAGAAUUCUCCCAGUGAGGCAGAAAACUCCCAACCAGAAGUGUGCGUGGCAGUCAUCAAGAUUAGUUGGGUAGUCGCAGGGUAGUCAAAUGGGAGCUUUUUGUGAUGUGGCGUAAAACAAGGAUUUCAGGUACUUUACCAAAAAAUUGAGAGUACUUAAAGUAAUCCCUCCAAUGUACCUGAUCUCGCGGAAGAAACAAUUGAACGAUGAACUCCUAAAAAGCUAGGGACCGUAUGGCGCUGCCGGGUUAGACACACCUGUCCUCAUGGAAUCCUUUCCAUCAUCGCGGAAUUCGGUGCCCUGCUCUCAUUCCAUCAUCGUCUGUCCGUCAGUACGCCGGCGUUGGUUUGCCUGCUGUUGUCACUCGCGGCCGUCUCCAUCCAAUAGAUUUACAAACAAAACAAAUAAGCUGUACAGUGAAAGCGUGAAGCUUUUAGUGCAAGUGUUAGUGCCAGUGAUAACGAUCACACGUCCUCCCCGUUGGUGUGUGGAACAAAACGUGCUUGAAAGGUGUAACGCUACGCUACCCUUCCAGCAGCGAAACGAACUUGACGCUCCCCAUUGGGUUCCGCAAACCACGUGCUUAUUGCGAGCAGUUCGCAACAACCGAAAAAAGGUGUUAAAAAGCCGGCAGCAAAAUGGUGUGCGCUUCGAAGAUGAAAGAGCUGGCGAUCAAGCUGUUCGAAAUCAAUGCGUUCAAGUUUGGUGAUUUUAAGAUGAAGGUCGGCAUCAACUCGCCGGUUUACUUUGAUUUGCGCGUGAUCGUAAGCCACCCGGAUGUGAUGGACACACUGGCGGAUAUGCUGCAGGAGUUCAUCAACGACAAGAAGCUAAACACGUCCGGUGUGCAUUUGUGUGGCGUCCCGUACACAGCGUUACCACUGGCAACGCUCAUUUCAAUUAAGGCCAAUAAACCGAUGCUGAUCCGGCGUAAGGAGGCGAAAAAGUAUGGUACGAAAAAAUUGAUCGAGGGCAAGUUCGGUGCCGGCGAUGGGUGUCUCAUCAUCGAGGAUGUGGUAACGUCCGGCUCGAGCAUUUUGGAAACGGUGGACGAUUUGCGGUCCGAGGGUUUGGUCGUAACCGAUGCGAUCGUUGUGGUCGAUCGUGAACAGGGCGGUGCACAGAACACGGAAGAACGUGGCGUCCGGAUGCACUCGCUGUUCACGCUGUCCUAUCUGCUGCAAACAUUGCUCGAAGCAAAACUGAUCGAGGAAAGCACGGUAAAGGCGGUUGCGAAAUACAUCGACGCUUGCCAGAUCCGUAGCGACGGUUCCUUCAUCAAGAACGGUACCACGGUCGUGAACGAUCUGUGCCGCACGCGGAUGAGCUUCGAGGCACGCACCGAUCUGGCCAAGUGUCCGCUAGCGAAGGAACUGUUCAAGCUAAUGGCAACGAAAAAAACGAUGCUUUGCCUAGCGGCCGACCUGACGAACAGUGAGGAAAUCCUUAACCUUGCCGAUGCGGUCGGCCCCUACAUAUGUCUGCUGAAAACGCACUGUGACAUUGUGGCGGACUUUAGCGAGCAGUUCGUCCGUUCGCUGCAGUCGCUCGCCCGGCAGCACAACUUCCUCCUGCUGGAGGAUCGUAAAUUUGCUGACAUUGGCAAUACGGUCGCACAGCAGUAUGGUGCCGGGGUGUACCGUAUCGCUGACUGGGCAGAUCUCGUUACCGUGCACGCACUGCCCGGCCAGGGCAUACUGAAGGGCUUAAAGUCGGCGAUCGGGCUGGAUAAGACGGCGGUGGCCGCACGGGGCGUUUUUCUGCUGGCCGAGAUGAGUACCGAGGGUGCGCUGACGGACGAGAAGUAUGCGAGCGCCACGAUGAAGAUGGCGACCGAGAUGGAUACCGACUUUGUGGCGGGUAUCGUGUGUCAAAGCAAGGAUCUGGUUGCGUCGCCCGGUUUGCUGCAGCUGACGCCGGGCGUUAAGCUGCAGGAAGGUGUCGACGGGCUCGGUCAGCUGUACGAUAGCCCCGAGCGGGUAGUUAAGGAACGGGGUGCGGACGUAUGUGUGGUUGGGCGUGGCAUUUUGGCCUCGAAAACACCGUCCGAAACGGCACGGCUCUAUCGGGACCGGCUGUGGGAAGCGUAUUUGGAGCGGAUCGGGGAGGAAAAGAAUGGUGACGGGGGGAAGCAUUAAGCGAUUCCUGCGCCAAUAAGGCGUUUACCGUAAUUCCUGCAAAGCUUCUACUACUACUACUGCAAUAGUUUUAAAGUUCAGAACCACAACGAGACCUGUAGGGGUCAUGUAAGAGAAAAAAGGAAGACAGAUUUAUCAGUUGAAACCGAUUGUGAUAUGUUUAAGAAAAGUUUUUGUUUAUUGAAAAAUUUAAAGUAAAAAUACACAUUUCUGUACACAGUAUCCGGAUUGGGGAAGUGGUUGAUGAGGCCCUUCCGUUCGUUAA